CUUCCGGGGGACGUUAAGUCUUUAUGCGAGUGCGAAAACUCACUCUGUUUGAUUGAAAUAUACAGCAAUAUUUUCUUGUAAUCGAUUGAAUGAAAUCGUUUACACAUCGUUCCCUUCUAUACAGAACUAUGUACGUUUGUGUGUAACGAAGAAUAUUGCUUGUCAUAACAUUACAAAGAUUCACAAAUGAGAACGUAAGACGUUUUAGUUUACUUUUUUAUACUUUUUUGAAAUUCCAUUUCAAAAACAUCACGCUGGGUAACAAGAAAAGUCGGCCAAUAGUUAUACCAUCAGAUAAGGCGAUGGAGCAAUAUAUAGCGGCCCGUUAUGAGGAAGAAGUUCAUGCGACUUCAAUGCGCGCGACCCGAGCUCGAAACACUAAAGUACAAACGGAGAGUAAACGUGUAAAAUUCUUCGACUUCAAGGGACUAAUGGCGCCUGUCUUCACUGCCUUUAAAAAUAAUGAAGAACAAUCUUUGGAAGUCCAGAAUAUCGAUCGUUACGCGGAAUGGCUGAAAAGUAAUCGUAUAAGUGGUGUUUUAGUUAAUGGCAUGUCGGGUGAGGGACCCGCCUUGGGUUUGUCGGAGCGCAUGCGGAAUGCGGAGGCUUGGUGGGAAGCGGCACAAAAAUACGAAUUGGUUAUGUUUCUGCAAGUCGGCGGCGCACCCUUGCCCGAUGUACUGGUAAUGGCCGAUCAUGCGCAUGACUUGGGCGUACAUGCAGUGCUCUGCCUACCCGAGCUCUUCUACAAGCCCACCACAAUCGAACAGCUGGUCAGCUAUAUGCGGUUGGUGGCUCGACGUUGUGCCGCACUGCCGUUCUUUUACUAUCACCUACCGCUGAACACGGGCGUCUACCUUAACAUGCGCGACUUUUGCAAACUGGCCGAAGAGACCAUACCGAAUUUCUAUGGCAUACAUUUUGCCAGCAAUGAUCUGGACGAUGGCGAGGCGUGUUUGCGUGAAGGACGCGUAAUUAUAUUGGGCAACAGUCGUCUGCUGGCCUGCGGCUUAUUGGUGGGUUUCGAGUCGGCUUUGAUGACAGUCUUAAAUAUACGCCCCGACUUGGGUUGGGCCAUUUGGAAUGCGAUGUUGAAUAAUAAUUUGGAAACGGCACGUGACACACAAAUGCUUUUGAAUAACAAGAUUAGCUAUUAUAUGGGCCGUUCCAACGAGCAUGGCUACAUUGAGGCGAUGAAACAAUGGUUCGAUGAUGAGGUGCGGCAGGGUAAUGGUCCUGGUUUCUUUAUUGGUUCUGCUAGAAAAUUCUUUUAAACGUACUAGUUUGUGUUUGUAACUGGUUGCGUUGUUGUUUCAGUAUUAAUUUUAAUACAAAUAUGUCAAUUUAUACUCGUCUGUACUUUUGAAGUGUGUUCGGUGGUUUAUGAAAUAUAUAUGUAUACUUGGUGGCUUAUAUAACUGAAGUUCGUCUUUUAAAUUUCACUCGAAUUCAUCAUAAUCUGACUUGU